CAACUAUAAAUAGGUAUAGCUUUCAAGUAAACAAUUCAGGUUCGAGGAUAUAGCUAGUGUAAAGUUGUGGGGAUAAUGAUGAGUUCCAAGAGGCUAACUCAGCUAUCUGUAGUUUGUUGGGUGGCUGUUUUGUUUUUUCAAAGUGUCCAGUCUCAGCUUCAAGUAGGGUUUUAUAGAAAUUCAUGCAGGAGGGCUGAGUUGAUUGUGAGAAAUGCUGUUAGAGAUGGUAUCAACAAGGAUAGAGGUGUGGCUGCUGGCCUUGUGAGAAUGCACUUUCAUGACUGUUUUGUUAGGGGUUGUGAAGGAUCUGUGCUUCUCGACUCCACCUCAUCAAACACAGCAGAAAAGGACUCUCCUGCCAACAGCAACAGUCUGCGUGGUUAUGAAGUCGUCGACGAUGCAAAGGCUAAACUAGAAGCCGAAUGCCGAGGAGUCGUUUCAUGUGCUGAUAUUCUGGCAUUUGCAGCAAGGGAUAGCUUUGAUUUAACUGGAGGGAUUAGCUACGAUGUUCCGGCUGGAAGAAGAGAUGGCACAGUUUCGCUAGCCGCAGAGACUUCAGACUUACCUCCUCCCACCUUAAAUGUUGAUCAACUCACUCAAAACUUUGCAAAGAAGGGUUUAUCACAAGAAGAAAUGGUCACACUAUCCGGAGGACAUACCAUCGGUCGUUCGCAUUGCACUUCCUUCAGAAAUAGAUUAUACAACUUCAGUGGAGCAAAUAGCCAAGACCCAAGCUUGGAUGCCACGUAUGCAGCCAGUUUGAAGCAGAAAUGCCCUCAAGCUAGUACGGAUCCUAACUUGGUGGUGCCUAUGGACACUAUUACUCCAACCAUUAGUGAUGUAAGUUACUACAGAGAUAUCCUAGCAAACCGAGGCUUGUUCACAUCAGAUCAAACUCUCUUGUCAAACACAGCAACAGCAAGUCAAGUGAAAUCAAAUUCGAGGAGUCCCUUGGGCUGGAAGAGAAAGUUUGCUGCAGCAAUGGUAAAAAUGGGCCAAAUUGAAGUUUUGACUGGUAACACAGGAGAGAUUAGGGCAAACUGUAGGGUGAUCAACAGCUAAAGCUAGGAGGUGAAUUGUUGGACUACUCUUGAAGCUUGAAGACUUCAAGUCAAUAGGCAAUUAUAGCAAAUUCUAUAUAUAGACUUCGUCACAUGAAGCCUUUAGUCUUAUUUACUAGUAUUCUGUAAUAAUUGAGUCAACAAAUGAUCAGUAUACUGUAAGAGGUUUCCAAAAAGAAAAUGUGAUGAAGUUAUUAGACAUUAUUAUU